CGUGCGUGGGGGCGGGGGCGGCCAAGUCCCUCCCCGGGGCCGGAUAAAGCAGCGGCAGAGCCACGGGAAGGUGUCUGAGGAGUGGGAAGCGCCGUGGAGCCUCUUCGAGAGCUGCUAUGGGAACGGGGUCCCCGGUGGUGCGACUGCUGCCGGUUUUACUGCUGAUAAUGCCUGGGAGGGGAGCAGAGUACUGCCCGGAGGGAGAAUACUUCCAUGGAGGUCACUGCUGCCUGUUUUGUCCAGCAGGUACUUUCGUUGCUCAGCACUGUAGUGCUCCACAUACGAGAGGAAGAUGCAAACCUUGCACUGAAGGAGAGGAUUAUACUGCCCACGAGAAUGGCUUGGAAGAAUGCUUGUCCUGCAGACAGUGCAAAGAUGAUCAGAUAACUCUGAGACCCUGUACUCUGACGAGUGAUACUGAAUGCCAGUGCAAGCAAGGGUAUUUCUGCCCUGCCGAGGGCUGUGAAAUAUGUCAGAGAUGCAGUACAAUGUGUCCGGAGGGGAAGGAAAUUGUGCAGAACUGCAAUGCUACUGUGGACCUGAGCUGCGGCUCCCCUGAUCAAGGAAGCUCAGCUCCUGUUUAUAUUUUUGUGAUUAUCUUGGUGUGUGUUAUUGUUGGUUUGCUGUUCUUUGUAACUAAAAAGCUGAGAAGAGAGAAAGCUGCUUCCACUGGGAAAGAUGCUGAGAAGGGUCUGGAUUUGGAGGACAAUACUGAAAGCCUCAUUUUACCAGAAGCAGAAACACUUGGAAAUAACACAGUCAGCUUGGAGGGUGAGAACCCUGGAAGUCCAGAGGGCCAAGUGCAAACCACUGUCAACUUAGAAGUAAAAAAUGCAUUAGAAGAGGAAAAAGUUGCUAUGCUUCCUGAGCAGGGCACUGUCCUGCGUGGGAGCUGGAGGCACCGCAUGGAGAGGUGCUGGAAGAGGGUAACCAAGCCUCCACUACCAGCAAAGACUGGCCCAAAUCCUGCUUUUCAUCAGAAUACCCUGGCUAAUGGACCAAGGGGUCAGAUGCCAGCAAAUCAUAGGGUCCGAGACUCACAGUGCCAAAUAAAAGUUAAAGAUCUCUCACAAAAAGAACUGAGAGAGAGCUUUGAGACUGUUAUAAAUGAAGUACCACCAAAAAAAUGGAAAUGGCUCAUGAGGACUCACCUGCAGGAAAAUGUUAUUAUUAAAAUUAUUCAUGACUUUCCUAACGAUAGAGAAGAGCAAUGUUAUCAGAUGCUGCUCACGUGGAAAAACACGCUGGGUGAAAAGCAAACUAUUAUUAAGUUAUUGGAGGAGUUAAAAAGUCUGGAUAUCAGGGCUUAUGAAAAUGUAUUGAACUCUUUAAAAAGUAAUAAUAUUAUAAUAUGUUAGAAGCCACCUAAUUAACGUUUCUGAUGAACUUGGGAAGUGCUGUUGUGUACAUACCUAUGUUUACAGACUUUCUAUAGUGAGGAUGUCUGCAAAGUGACACAAGUGAUGGCGUGGACUUGAUACCCUCCUCACCUCCAGGUGAGGUGAUCCAACACCAUGUCUGUGUCCCUGGGCUCUGCCUGUGGUGUUCCUGAGGUCUUUUGAGUUGUAGGAUGUUGAAGUCAGGGAUCGAGAGCCAGGAGCUCGUGUUUUCCUUUCCUGGAAAAGCAGGGUGAGAGCCAGGGUGCUGCGAGUGAAGAAGCUGCUGCUGCUUUUGGGAGCGAUGUUGUUGUUUUUUGCAAUGCUGUGUGACCCGCUGGGUCUGUGUUCUGUUCUGUGUCCUGUGGGGAAACAAAGCAAUAAAAACCCC